UCGCUGUUGCUCUUGCCAAUUGCAUCCUUGUGGACAAAUGGAGCUGGCGGCAGUAGCUUCUGUGGUGAUAGAGAAACUCAAGGAUAUGCUGUCUGAAGAGAUAACGGACAAAACGGUGAUAGAGGAAGCCUUAAAAAAAAUGCAAGGUGUCAUUGCUGAAACAAACGAGGAGCAAAGAAAUAGUAAAGAAUUCCAGGAGUGGGCUGAAAAGUGUCUGCAUAGUCUGUACCAUGUUGAGGACACUGUUGAGUCUUUUGCCCUUGGCAUCGCCCGUCAGAACAAGAAACGGAGCUUCCUUAUGAAUCACUCUGUGGCUCUCAAGAACUUCAUGGCUUGCCAAAAGCUGAGAAGGAAGAUGAAGAGAAUCCCUUCAGACAUUAAACGGGUGAUCAAUAAAAAUCACAAAGGUACUGGUGAACAGAACGCGUGUAGCAAUGGGACAACUACCUAUAUGGGUGAUCAGAAUGGUGGGGAAGCUGAAGAUGGAGAUGUUGAAGAUCACAACGAUGAGGAUUCUGCAAAAGUCAGACCAACAAGUCCAGUGGCACGAUGUAGUUAUCUUGCGAUCCCAGAGAGUGAUGAAGAGGAACUAGUACGGGAGGUAGAUGCAAAACCUCAGAGGUGUAUCAGCGACAUGUCUUUGACGUUAGACCAUGAAAAACAAGCAAAACUCAUGUCUACAAAUAUACCUCUGAGGUGCAUCAGCGACAAGUCUUUGUGGUUAGACCGUGAAACACAAGCCAGACUCAUGUACACAAAUUCUUAUGAUGACGAAGAACUGGAGAUGUUUGGCAUUAGACAAGAAGUGUAUGACUUAGUGAAAAGACUAACCAUGACAGCUGAUGAUGGAAGGGCCCCGAUCUUUCAAAUUGCUGGUGAGAUGGGUUCAGGCAAGACUACUUUGGCUCGUGCUGUAUACAGAAGUAGGAAAAUAAAAAAUCAUUUUGAGUCUCGAUGUGCAUGGGUCACCAUUUCAAAAGAGUUUAAUAAAUCAGAUGUAUUGCAGAACUUGCUAAAACAGGUGGGGGAUUCCAAGGACUCUGUGGAUCUAACUACCAAUGAGCUGGAAACUAGACUUUUGGAGUGCUUAAAUGGAAAAAACUACUUGAUUGUGUUGGAUGACGUACAGAGUGAGCAGAUGUGGGAAGGGCUGAGAUCUGUUUUCUUAGACAGUCGAAAUGGAACUACACUACUUCUCAUCACCACCAGUGUUAGUCCGAUGUGGUAUGUAUCUCCUCCGAAUUGUAUCCAUAAGGUGAAAAAGCUGAGUGAUAAAUAUAGCUGGAACUUGUUCAUGAAGAAAGCUGGUUGGGAUACUUGGGAGGAAGGAAAGGAACAUCAAGAUUUGAAGCAGCGAGUUCUUAAGGUCUGCUGUGGUCUCCCCUUGAAUACUGUCCUUCUUGGCAGCAUGUUGUCGACCGAGGGAGAUACCAAUCGCUUUGAUUAUCUUCAAAAGAUACUGCGCAGAAACUGGAAAACGAAGGACAUUGUAUCCGUUAGCUAUACGAAUCUGCCUGACCAUUUGAAACUGUGUGUACUCUACCUGGUGCUAUUCCCUAAAGAGUACGACAUUCCGGUAAGGAGGCUGUUUCGUUUGUGGCUUUCAGAGGGUUUUGUAAACCACAAACCAGGUAAAUUCCCGGAGGAUGUGGUACAAGAAAACUUUGAUUAUCUAGUCAAGCGGAGCUUGAUUCAGAUAUCCAAAUUUAGGUCUGAUGGCAGUCCCAGAAGAUGUCGGUUACUAGGCGUUCUCCAUGAUUAUCUGUUGCCUAAGGCCCAGAACAUCAGGCUUUUCCAUGUUCACUGCAGUACAUGUAGCACAGAAGAUUCAUUUCCCUUGAAUGUUAGAAGGCUUGUUGAGCAUGCAAGCAGUAAGAAUAUUUAUAGUGAUGCUUCCCGGUUUAAACAUCUUCGCUCUUACUUAUCAUUCAAUUUCCAGAGGAAAGACACCCCAGCCAAGGAAGUAGGCAUCCUUCUAAGCCGUGUAAUUACUAAGGGUUUCGGAUUGCUGAGGGUGCUUGAUCUGGAAGGAGUGUAUAAGCCAAGUUUACCUGAGAAUCUUGGUGAUUUAUUUCACUUGAGAUACUUAGGAUUAAGAUGGACUUUCUUGGAUGCUCUUCCCUCGUCCGUUGGUGACUUGCCAUAUCUUGAGACAUUAGAUGUGAAGCACACUAACAUAAAUAACUUACCCACCUCCAUCUGGAAAUCAAAGAAAUUGCGGCAUCUCAAUCUCAGUCACAUCCGUCUUGACAUGCCAAAGCAUUCAGAUACCGAUUCUUUGCCUACACUCCUUACACUGUGGGGAUUGUCCGUAGAUGAUGAUAGCCCAGUGAAGAAUGGACUGGAUCGGUUGUGUAAUCUUAGAGAGGCAGGCAUUACUUUCUGUUUGAACAAUUGUGAACACCUUCUCAAUUGGAUUUCAAAUUUAACUUCUCUUCAAUCUUUGAGGUUACGAUCCAUAAAUGAUAUAGGAUUUGGUAACGAGCCGUUGUAUCUGUCAAGUCUGAACAAUCUUUCCCACCUAAACUUGUUAGGUGUAUUACCAAAUCUGCCUGAAAAGUUACCUCAAGGGCUUAAAGUAGUCACAUUAUCUCUUUCAAAGCUGACAGAGGAUCCUAUGCCGAUUCUUGGGAUGCUUGAACAUCUUAAUGUCCUCAGGCUUCUAGCUGAUUCCUAUAUGGGGAAGGAAAUGGUGUGCCCUCACGGAGGAUUCAAAGAGCUUCGGGUUCUAAAGCUUUGGAAACUUAAGAGCUUGGAAAAGUGGAAUGUGGAGGAAGCGGCAAUGGCGAAGCUCAAAGAGAUAAAUAUCCGAUGCUGUAAUAAACUGAUGAGCAUUCCCGAAAGACUGAGGAAAAAACAAAGUCUCAGGGAAUUGAUCAUAACCAACAUGCCAAAAGAGUUCAAACAGAAUGUCAAUAAGUUCAUGAGGCGUCGAGAUUUGAUUCUCACUUUCAAAGAUUAUGAUUUUACCCCCUGACCGUAGGAGCAUGCUGAUCAUACUUCUGAUGAAAGUCACACCAACGAGUAGCUUGCUAAGAUUCUGAACAGUGUAUCUCCAAGGCUUCUUCAAUCAGAGCUGUGUUACCAUUCAUCAUCGGUUAUCAGAUUCAAACUUUUGAUGCUAACCAGUAGUUAGCUACUGGGUAAGCAAUGCUUCAAUAAUUUGCACUUCAGUUUCACCUGAUGCAUUAGUUAUGUAUUUUAAGUCCACUCAGUGAGGCCCUUAUUAUCCUCUGUAACAAUUUUAAAUUUUGCAAUGAUUACGUGUGAUUCGCCGGUAAUUUCUAAUAUAUACAGAACUUUCUCGUG